AUGAACUGCUUCAGGGAAGCUGCUUUGAAGCUUGGUCUAUUAGAGUCUGAUACAUAUAUAGAAGAUACCCUUGAAGAAGCAGCAGUUUUUCAGAUGCCAUCAUCGUUGAGACUGUUAUUUGCUAUUGUUCUUGUUCAUUAUUCACCCACUGAUCCUAGAUUACUCUGGGACAAAUUUGAACAACAGAUAUGUAGUGAUUAUCAAAGAUCACAGGAACUUUAUCACUAUUCUUCUGCUGAAAUUAGAAGUAAAGUCUUGAAAAAUAUCAGCAGAUUGCUCAAGCAGAUGGGUAAAAAUAUUGAUGAUUACCAUUUAAUUCUAGAUAACCUUAGAGGUGCAUAUCAUGAACAGUUAACAAUGGAAAUUAACAGUGAAAGGAAUAUUGAGGUAUUACCAGAAGAUCUACUUUUGCCUUUUAAAUUGAAUGCUCUGCAGCGGCAUGCUUAUGAUUUAAUUCUGCAUGCAAUUUCUUCUUCUGCUGGCCAAAGUUUCUUUAUCGAUGGUCCGGGUAGAACUAAUAAGACCUUUCUCUAUAGGUUGAUUUUAGCUGCUUUAAGAUCUCAGGGGCAUGUUGCUAUCGUAAUGGCAAUAUCCAGUGUUGCAGCAUCUGUUCUUCCAGGCAGAAGAACAGCGCAUUCUAGAUUUAAAAUACCACUGGAUUUGUCAACAAAUAAAACCUGCCAACUCAGUAAGCAAGGUAGUGUUGCAAGAUUACUUUUUGAAUCAAAACUGAUCUUGUGGGAUGAAUCAUCAAUGGCCAAAAGAGAAACUAUUGAGGCCUUUGAUGAUUUGCUAAAAAACAUAAUGGAAUCUGAGCUGCCAUUUGGAGGAAAUAUCAUUGUUUUUGGAGGAGAUUUUCGACAAACUUUACCUGUAAUUGAGAAGGCUUCAAAACAAACUCUCAUAAAAGCUAGCCUUCCUAAUUCACUUCUAUGGAAUAAAUUUCAUAAGUUGAAACUGACAGAAAAUAUGCAGGCCAUUUUUGACCCAGCAUUCUCAGAGUUUCUUUUGAGGGUGGGCGAAGGAAGGAAGCCUGUUGAUGCACAGGCCAAAUAA